AUGAAGGCCAAAUCAACCAUCCCAUUAAUUGAGUUUUUAAAAAAUCGUAUCUAUCUUGGAGCUUAUGAUUAUACACCUCCAGAUACCAAUGAUUUAGUUUACUUCACUGUAGAAGAUGCUUUACCUUAUAAUUCAUUCCAUUUAGAUUUUGGUCCUUUACAUAUUGGGAGUUUAUAUAGAUUUGCUGUAGUAUUACACAAUAUAUUAAAUGAAGAGGCUAAUCAAGGUAAAGCUAUUGUAUUUUAUAGUUCCACCACUCCAAAGGAAAGAUCCAAUGCUGCUUGCUUAUUAUGUUGUUAUAUGGUAUUGGUACAAAGUUGGUCGCCUCAUCAAGUUCUUCAACCAAUAAGUCAAAUUGAACCACCAUUUCAAAGUUUUAGAGAUGCUGGAUAUUCUAAUGCCGAUUUUGAAAUAACCAUUCAAGAUAUAAUUUAUGGAAUGUGGAGAGCUAAGGAAAGAGGUAUGAUUGAUUUAACUAAUUUCAACUUGGAAGAAUAUGAACAAUAUGAAAGAGUUGAUCAAGGAGAUUUUAAUGUUGUAUCCAAAGAUUUCAUUGCAUUUGCAUCACCUCAACAAAAUCAUAGAAAAUCUACCAAUUUAAAUGAACCAUUCAGAAAAGUAUUAAACUAUUUCAUUAAAAAUGAUGUUAAAUUGGUUGUUAGAUUAAAUUCCCAUUUAUACGAUGCUAAUGAAUUUACUAAACGAGGUAUUCAACAUAUUGAUAUGAUCUUUGAUGAUGGUACAUGUCCAACAUUAGAAUAUGUUCAAAAAUUCAUUGGAGCAGCUGAAUGUAUAAUAAAUAAAGGAGGAAAAAUAGCUGUUCAUUGUAAAGCAGGUUUAGGUAGAACUGGAUGUUUAAUUGGAGCUCAUUUAAUUUAUACUCAUGGUUUUACUGCUAAUGAAUGUAUUGGAUAUAUGAGAAUGAUUAGACCAGGUAUGGUUGUAGGACCUCAACAACAUUGGUUAUAUUUACAUCAAAAUGAUUUCAGAGAUUGGAGACAUACUAUGUGUUUAGAUAAUAGACCGGAUAAUUUUAUUGGUGGCUUAUUCCCAUUAGUACCUUAUGAUGAAUUCAAAGCCAGAAUGAAACAAGAAUCUAAACAAAGAAAAUUAGCUAAUCAAUCAAAUUUGAAUUCUAGUAUUGGUCAUAUAGAUUCAUCAUUCCAAACUCCUAUAAGAAGAAGAAAAAUAAGUGGAGCUUUAGCAGCCAAAAUUCAAAUUGCUGUACCACAAGAAUCUCCUGGUCAACCAAGAAAAUAUGAAGAUGGUAAUGGAAAUAAUGAAAAUAUUGAAAACGAAAGAAAUUCCGGCGUUGUUGAAAUCAUUAAUAAUUCUGAUGAAGAAAUUUUAGAUGUUGAAAAUGAUAACAUGCAAGACAUUCAAAGUCCUAACAAAUCAAGAGAUAUAGAAUUAAUUAAUAAUGAAAUUAAUUCUUCACCAAGUAGAGAUGCUUUACGUUCAAUUUCAGCCAACCAAUCACAAAUUCAAAUAACCAAAUCUGUAACUACAACCACUAAAACCACCAGAACUGUAAGUGGAUUUUCAUCAUCCCCACAAUCAUCUCCUUCAAAUAUAAGGCAAAAAUCAAGACCUGCUUCAAGAGUAAGUUCCGCUCAAAGAAUAGGUUAUAGUCCAGUACGAGUUAACUCAGGAGGGGUUAGAAAGAUUAGUGGUAGUAGAAAAUAUUAA